AUCAAUCCAAGGGGGGCUUAAAAGAUGAAGCUAAUUAAGCUCAUGUUGAAUAUGGAUCAGUGUUGGCAUAUGAGCAUAUACAUAUAUUGAAGGAGGACUGGUCACGGCUCUGUCAGCUCUGAUCUCUUAUCUUUCCCAACUGCAUGCUAGCAAAGUACAAACACGUAUUUAAGUUACUGAAAAACAAACCCUUUCUCCAAAUUCAGUGGGAGGGAGAAAUCGGGAGAGAACUCUUUUUGGUUGUGAAUUUGUGAGAUUUUGAUUAUGGCAGCAACUGGUACGAUGAGGAGGAGUUUUGGGAGUUUGGCCUUUUCUAUUUCCAAGAGGGCUUUCUCAACUUCACCUUCCCCAGUUGAUGCAAAUGGCCUCAAGUCCAUGAACCUCUUCUCUGCAAUCAAUCACGCCCUUCAAAUCGCUUUAGAAUCCGAUCCUCGUGCUUAUGUAUUUGGAGAAGAUGUAAGCUUUGGUGGGGUCUUUCGUUGCACCACUGGAUUAGCUGACCGAUUUGGUAAAGGCAGGGUUUUCAACACCCCUCUUUGUGAACAGGGCAUUGUUGGAUUUGGAAUCGGUUUGGCAGCAAUGGGCAAUCGAGCCAUAGCAGAAAUUCAAUUUGCUGAUUAUAUAUAUCCUGCUUUUGAUCAGAUUGUCAAUGAAGCUGCCAAGUUCAGAUACCGUAGUGGGAAUCAAUUCAACUGUGGAGGAUUAACAAUUAGAGCCCCUUAUGGAGCUGUGGGCCAUGGUGGUCAUUAUCACUCACAAUCCCCUGAAUCUUUCUUCUGUCAUGUUCCCGGUAUCAAGGUAGUCAUCCCUCGGAGCCCAAAGCAAGCAAAAGGAUUGUUAUUGUCAUGCAUACGAGAUCCUAACCCAAUUGUAUUUUUUGAGCCAAAGUGGCUUUACCGCUUGGCUGUAGAAGAGGUUCCUGAGCAUGAUUACAUGUUGCCUCUAUCAGAGGCAGAGGUGAUUCGACAAGGCACUGACAUAACACUUGUUGGCUGGGGAGCACAGCUUGCUGUCAUGGAACAGGCAUGUAUUGAUGCUGAAAAGGAGGGAAUCUCUUGUGAACUGAUAGACCUAAGAACUCUGUUACCUUGGGACAAGGAAACAGUAGAGGCCUCUGUCAGAAAGACUGGAAGGCUGCUUGUUAGUCAUGAAGCUCCAGUAACUGGUGGAUUUGGUGCUGAAAUAUCAGCUUCUAUGGUUGAACGCUGCUUCUUGAGGUUGGAAGCUCCUGUGGCUAGGGUUUGUGGGCUAGACACGCCAUUUCCUCUUGUUUUUGAACCAUUCUAUAUGCCUACCAAGAACAAGAUCUUGGAUGCCAUCAAGUCAACUGUGAAUUACUAGAACAUGAUGCAGCUCAUUCUCUCUCUCUCUCCCUCUCUGUCUCUCUCAUCAUCUAAACCCACGACUGGUUGUUGGCUGCUUAAGAAUAAAUUUAUUUUUUGAGAUCCAUGUUUGCUCAUUCUCUCUACCAAUCUGAAUGGCAAACUACAGUUUCUAAUGCAAUGCCAAUUGAGUUCUGCAUCUAAA